UGUACCCCGAUUAGUGAGUUUGGCGGGGUAGGGUUUUAGGUUAGCAAAACUUAAAGUUUGUUAGGGUUUCUCAGUCUCUCUUUCUCUUCUUCCCCUUUCAUCCGUAAAUGAUCUCUGUUUUGUGAAGCAGCAGCAGCAGCCAUGGGAGGUUCUCGAGCUCAAGUUAACAAAACUCAUAAAACUCGUUUUGCUUCCAAAUCUUCUCGCAAUAUUCACAAAACUUCUCUUAAAGAUAAGCAUCAAAAUGCGAAAUCGGACCGUUUCGGUAAAGGCGCUCGCGCUGCUCGAAUUCAGCGUAAUAAUAUGAUACGCGAUCAAAAGCGGGCUGCUGCAUUGAAUGAAAAGAGGGCAUUGAGUGGAUCAGCUAGUCCACCUCGUGUUAUUGUUCUGUUUGGUCUGUCUGCUCAUGUUGACUUGAAUUCGGUCGAAAGGGAUUUGUUGGGAUUACUAUCAACAAAAUGCAGCAAUGAGGCAUUCCCUACUGUUGUCUCUUCCGACUACAAGAUGAGAGCCACGGUGCUGAAAGCUCCUCACGGGGAUCUAUCCUCAUGCAUGGAUAUGGCCAAGGUUGCUGAUUUGGUGGCUUUUGUCACAUCAGCGAGCUCUCCAUGUGAAGGCGGUUCAUCUGAUUACAUCGAUUCAUUUGGAGUGCAGUGUCUUUCUGUUUUCAAAGCCAUAGGCUUACCAAGCACUGUCGUAUUGAUCCGUGACCUACCUAGUGACUUGAAAGGAAGAAAUGAAUCUAAGAAAUUAUGUAAUUCCAGUCUUGCUUCUGAAUUUCCUGAGCAAUGUAAAUUUUAUCCGGCAGAUACUAAGGAUGAUCUCCACAAGUUCUUAUACAUUCUGAAGGAUCAAAGGUUGAAACCUCCUCACUGGAGAAAUCAGCGAGCUUAUGUUGCUUCUCAAAAGCUUGAGAUGCUUGAUCAUGAUUCUGUUUCUGGAAAGUGUACCCUCUGCAUCACCGGUUAUAUCCGUGCUCUUAAUCUCUCUGUAAAUCAGCUGGUCCAUGUCUCUGGAGCAGGUGAUUAUCAACUAAGCAAAAUUGAUAUCCUCAGGGACCCUUAUGCUCUAAAUCCCAGGAAAGAGCACGACACAAUGGAUGCUGAUGAUAUGCCUGAUCUGCAGGUGAUCAGCUCGUUAGUGCCUGAUAGUUCAAAGCAAGAACCAUUACAUGUCGAAAAUGUUCCAGAUCCUCUUGCCGGAGAACAGACAUGGCCAACUGAAGCAGAAAUGGCUGAGGCGGAGGAAAAUCUGAAGCAUAAGAAGAAGAGGAAACUUCCACCUGGUACUUCGGAAUAUCAGGCUGCUUGGAUUGUGGAUGAGAGUGAUGAGGAUGAUUUUGAAAGUAAUGACGAGUCAGAGGGUGGCAUGGUCUUGGAUGGGGUAGAAAUUGGUGUUGCUUCUAAUGACCUUGAUGAAGAUCAAGGUUCCCUUGACCUCGGAGAAUCAGAUGGAGAGACAGAGACUGAUUCAAUGAUGUUGGUAAGAUGGGAUAUGACUAGGGAGCAGAUAGAAGAUGAUAUCAAGAGAUUAAAAGAUGCUCAUGCAGAAGAUGAGGAAUACCCAGAUGAAGUCGAUACUCCAAUUGAUGUGCCUGCUAGAAAGCGUUUUGCCAAGUACAGAGGCCUGAAGUCCUUUAGAACAUCAUCAUGGGAUCCAAAGGAAUCCCUACCUCAAGAAUAUUCAAGAAUAUUUGCUUUUGAUAAUUUCGCAAGAACUCGAAAACAUGUGCUUGCCAAAGCCUUGGAACGAGACAAUGAAAGUAAGGAUGAGACUGUUUCUCCUGGUACAUAUGCAAGGCUCUAUAUAAAAGAAGUACCACAAACUGUUGCUUCAUAUUUAUGCCUGCGUGCAAAAAUGAUGCCCAUCAUAUCAUGUGGGCUCUUGCAACAUGAGUCCAAGAUGUCUGUUCUUCACUUCAGCAUUAAAAAGCACGAUAGUUACCAUGAACCAAUCAAAGGGAAAGAGGAAUUGAUAUUUCAUGUUGGUUUCCGACAGUUUGUUGCAAGGCCAGUAUUUUCCUCCGAUAACUUCAAUUCAGACAAGCACAAGAUGGAGAAGUUUCUUCAUGCCGGACGCUUUUCCGUAGCUUCGAUAUAUGCUCCAAUUUCAUUUCCGCCUCUUUGUUUGGUAGCCAUGAAGAAAUCAGGAGUCAUGGGCUCACCUGUUUUGGCUGCUGUUGGCUCUUUGAUUAGCGUUGAUCCAGAUAGAAUAAUAUUGAAGAAGAUUAUUCUAACUGGUUAUCUCCAAAGAGUUUCUAAAGUCAAAGCAACAGUUAGAUAUAUGUUCCACAGUCCCGAAGAUGUAAAAUGGUUCAAGCCUGUAGAAUUAUGGACUAAAUGCGGACGUCGUGGACGUAUAAAGGAGACUGUCGGUACACAUGGGGCAAUGAAAUGCCUUUUCAAUGGAGUCCUUCAACAGAAUGACACUGUGUGCAUGAGCUUGUUCAAGCGUGCAUACCCCAAGUGGCCAGAACAAAGGUUUCCGUUGUCAAAUCUUUGAAAUGAUGGUAACUAGGGGUUGAAAUUUGAUAAUGGCAGAUUCUCAAUGCAGCACAGGACAUAACUGUCCGCUGUGAUCGGGAAUGAAGCACUGGUUCAGAAAUUGUUCUUCAAAAUUCAUUUUUCCUGUAUUUGCUUGUAUGGCGUAGAGUAGCUUAGUUAUUCUUAAUAUUAUACAAAUACAUCUGAACCCACUGGUUUGAGGGCAUAGAUUUUUGUUAAAUUAGUGAAUGCAAGUGUUUUGAUAGGCAUUUACACCGUGAGUUUAUCAGAAAGGUAAACGAAAGAAAUUUUGAUAUUGUGGAUUCACAUUGUAAUAUUCUUACUGGUGCAAUAUAGUAUUAACUAAUGCUUCAUUAUUCAAAGGCCCUUUAAUUUCCUGCACAAUUCCUGAUGCUUGUAUGGAUUUACAUUAGAAGAAGGCUUCAAGGGAUAAUUGUAUCAUGAAUGUGCUAGCCUAUUUGUACCUUA